CCCAACGGGGCGGGGCAUCGGGACAGGGGGCGGAGUGUGGCGGUUCGCAUUCGCCCCCUCCCCCGGCCCCGGGUGUCCCCGUGACGAGGCAGCGCGGAGCCGCCGCGGGCCGGGCCCAUCCCGCAGCAGCGGCCCCGGGGCCAAGCAGGGGCGAGGCGCGAAGGGAGAGGCGCCGAGCGGGACCGGGAGCGCGGCCAGAAUGGUGCUAGAAGGAAACCCUGAAGUGGGGUCUCCCCGAACCUCAGACCUCCGGCGUCCAGGGACCCAGGGCUCUUGUGUCCUGUCUUCUCCUGGUGAAGAUGCACAGCCAGGCGAGGAGCCCAUCAAGUAUGGCGAACUCAUCGUCCUGGGAUGCUGUGAGGAAGGAGGUGAGGAAACCGAGGCUCAGAGAGGGGAAGUGACUGGUCCAAGGGCACACAGCUGCUACAACGGGUGUCUGGCAAGUGGGGACAAGGGCCGCCGGAGAAGCCGCCUGGCGCUGAGCCGCCGGCCCCAUGCCAAUGGCGUGAAGCCCGAUGUUAUGCACCACAUCUCCACACCGCUCGUCUCCAAGGCACUGAGUAACCGCGGCCAGCACAGCAUCUCGUACACGCUGUCCCGGAGCCACUCGGUCAUCGUUGAGUACACACAUGACAGUGAUACGGACAUGUUCCAGAUCGGCCGCUCCACAGAGAACAUGAUCGACUUUGUGGUAACAGACACAUCCCCCGGGGGAGGGGCUGCCGAGGGCCCCUCAGCCCAGAGCACCAUCUCCCGCUACGCCUGCCGCAUCCUGUGUGACCGCCGGCCGCCCUAUACUGCCCGCAUCUAUGCCGCUGGCUUUGAUGCCUCCAGCAACAUCUUCCUUGGAGAGCGGGCGGCCAAGUGGCGGACCCCCGACGGCCUGAUGGACGGCUUAACCACCAAUGGGGUCCUGGUGAUGCACCCAGCAGGCGGCUUCUCGGAGGACUCAGCCCCGGGUGUCUGGAGGGAGAUAUCCGUCUGUGGGAACGUGUACACUCUGAGGGACAGCCGCUCUGCACAGCAGCGAGGGAAGCUGGUGGAAAAUGAGUCCAACGUGCUGCAGGAUGGCUCCCUCAUUGACCUGUGUGGGGCCACUCUGCUGUGGCGCACGCCGGCGGGGCUGCUGAGGGCCCCCACGCUGAAGCAGCUGGAGGCCCAGCGGCAGGAGGCGAAUGCGGCACGGCCCCAGUGCCCCGUGGGCCUCAGCACCCUGGCCUUCCCGAGUCCGGCCCGGGGCCGCACAGCACCCGACAAGCAGCAGCCCUGGGUCUACGUCCGGUGUGGCCACGUCCACGGCUACCACGGCUGGGGCUGCAGGAGAGAGCGGGGCCCCCAGGAGCGCGAGUGUCCUCUCUGUCGCCUCGUGGGGCCCUACGUCCCCCUGUGGCUUGGCCAGGAGGCAGGCCUCUGUCUGGACCCUGGGCCGCCGAGCCAUGCCUUUGCACCUUGUGGCCAUGUGUGUUCGGAGAAGACUGCCCGCUACUGGGCCCAGACGCCGCUGCCCCACGGCACCCACGCUUUCCAUGCUGCCUGCCCCUUUUGUGGGGCCUGGCUCACCGGCGAGCAUGGCUGCGUCCGGCUCAUUUUCCAGGGGCCGCUGGACUAGGCUCCCCCGGCGCCCCGGCUGCCACGCCCGCCUGCCCACCUAGAUCCCCCACCUCCUGCAGCCCAGAGGGAGCUCUGCAUGUGGGACUCUACCCGCUGGCACAUAGCCACACCAGAUGGACAUGUUGGAUGGAUGGGCUGUGCUCCUCCCCUCUUAACUCUGGUCCCUGAAACCCCUACCCCGGUCGGAAUGACGGGGCCCUCAGCACCAGCUCUGUCCCGGGCUGAUGGAGGGAAGCCCAUCCCUGUGCCCUGGCCCUUCCUGGGGUGUCCCACAUCAUGCCGCCUACACUGUGUCCCUGGGGGCGUGAAGGGGCCGUGGGUUCCUGACCCCCAGCUUAGGCUGGCCGUGCCCUGAGCCUGCCGACCCAGCUCCAGAUACCCCGCUGCUGCCCUGGGUUCCUCUAUAAAUCUCGCUGCUCAGCCUGCCCUCACAGAUCCCACGUGUCCGGCAUGCGUGCAGUGCCGCCAGCCCCUGCAUGAGUGAGGGGUGGGCAGCAGGCCGGGGCCGGCAUCUGCUGGUACCCACUCCAGGCUGGACUCCACGCCACGUGAGCUCUGGGGACACAGAGACGAUCGGACUUGGUUCCCUGCCCGGUGGAAGGCACAGUCUAGUGGACGACAGGCCUGAUUACCGAAUGACAACACGGUUUCCUGGGCACCAGGAUCAGAGAAUCAUCAAGGGCUGCAGAGCUGGUCUCCCAAGCAGGCGCGAGAGUGAGGGAGGCUCGCGUGGGAACUCCCUACAGGAAGGGGAGGGUGCUCUGGGCAGGGGGGAGGCUGAGCACAGGCGAGGGUGUCAGGAAGCAGGGACCUGAGUGAGGGGCUGGAGAAGGGGUUGCAGAGGGGGCAGAAAGAGGGCUGGAGCAAGAGGUUGGGGCUUCCCUGACGGGGAAGAUGCUGGAUGGAGGCUUUGGAACCUCGUUUGUGGAUAGUCAGGAGCCGGGGACGGGAAGGGGACUCAGGGUCCCGGAGUGCUGGCUGUGACAGAAGGGCCACUAUUACCAAGUGCCCACUGUGCCCUUCACUGUGCUGCUGCUGCUAAUAACUAUCUAUUAACUAACCAGAAGCUUUUGCUAUUUAAUGCUCACAGUAACGGGGUGGGGGCGGGGAGGGAUUACCGUUUCUGUUUACAGAGAGAUUAAGGCACAGGUGCCAAGUCCCACAGCUAGAAAGUGGCCAAGCCAGGACCCAGAUCCAUGACUGCCUGCCUGGCCUCAGCCUGGCCUCUUCCAUCACCCUGGGCUGCUUUCCUUGGAUGGGGGCGGGAGGGGAGGGGCAGGCAGCCCAGGUCACCGGCACAGCGUGUGCGAAUGUGUGGCAGGGAAUAUGCUUGACCCACAAAGGAGUCGGGUCUGGAGGGGCAGAAAGGAGAAAUGAGGGGUGAGGACAUUGGGCUGGGGUCUGGUGGCCCUUGGUUGCCAUGGAGACCAAGACGGAACCGGACCCUGACUCAUCUUGGCUAAGCGGCACCUCUCCCUGAGAACCAAGGCAGGCUCAGUGUGCUGCUGGGGUUGCUUUUAGACCAUUCCUGGGGGGAGCAAGCUAGGGAGACUGGUAGAUGGAGAUUCUGGAAAUAUAAAAAAAUCUGGAAAAGAGUCUGCUAAGUAUAGGCCUCCUGGGCAUCAUCCCCAGUUGAAGACAGCCGCCAGAGCCUUACGGAGUAUAGAUUCCAAGGGGAGGGCCUGCUGCAGGCCGCACAGCUCGUGGGGGCCACAGAGACCAGACUGGGGGCUCUCGAGAGGACAGAGGGCUCCUGAGGGUGGUGAAAAGGGGAUCUGGUGAGAUUCCUGCUCCCGGGCCCCCACAUACCACAGUGGGGGAGCCCAGAUGGGGAGGCUCAAGCAACUGUGGGAAUAUUGCGAGCCCUACAUGCACACACAAAACACUGAUAAUCCAGUUCUCUCUUCUGGCCCUGUUGGGAACCAGGUAAGGGAUGUUCCGAUCCUGUUUCCAGUAAGGAGAGGAGAAAGUAGAGGCAAGCACAGAGCAUGGUGCCGCCCCAGGGAGAACUUGGAGGUGGUGGUGGCAGUAAGACAGCCCUGAUCUUGGCCCACCUCUGCCCCUUUCCAGCUCUUGGAGCGUCUGUCUCCUCACCUUUUAAAUGGAAUAGCAAUUCCUAUAUGACCAGAUGGCAGUGAAUGUUCUGAGAGCACCUGUAGCAAGCAGGUAUUUAAUGUUCAUUCCUCACCUGCCCUUCCUGCAUGUCCAUGGGGAAGAACCAAGGCUAGGGAUGGCCGAGGCUCCAGUGACUGGAUUUCUCCAUGUGAUUAUGCAUGUGUGCAUACUGGGGCCAGUGGAGGAGACAGCGUGGUGGAAGUUCUUAGGAAGGCUAGACCCCAGUUCAGGGACUGGGUGGCCUCAAGGAAGUCAAUGAAACUAAUAGUCCCAGUUUCUCCAUCUCCUACAAUGGGUAAAAUGGUGAUAUCCUAUCAGGGUUUUUACAAGAAUGAAAUAGCCUCCAUGUUAAGCUGGUGGCAUAGGACCUUGUGUGUUAACCAUGAACAUAAAAACGUGGCGGCUUUGAGGAUCCCAGGAGUCCUGAGAUCUUUUGCGAGCCUGAGCUGCCUGUUGAUGGCUAGAGAGCGCCACCUCCUUUACUGGUGCCCCGCUCAAAUUCACCCAAGUCAGGGGAGUAUACCCAUUUUAAAGACCAUAAAAAUUGAGACACAGGGAAGAAGAGGGGUGACCUUCCUAAGGACAUAGAGAAUUUAUUGAGCUUUUCUCCAUGAUGAUAGUCAUCAUCGGAGUCAGCCCCUCCAGGCACAACACUAGGCAGCAGACUGCCCAGUCAUCAGUUUACUCCCAACUAUAGCAUCCUUGGGAGUGGAGGCAGUUGUUAGCUGGGUUUUCUGGCUGAGGAAGCUAAGACUCAGAGAGGUAAAGGGUCCUGCCCAAGGUCACACAGCCAGUAGAUGAUGGUGGCCAGAUUUGACCUUAGAUGACCUGGCUCCGCCCACGCUGACCCAGGCCCCUCACAAUAUUCUCCACUGAGCCCAGGCCUGGCACCAACGCUUGGACAUGUCAUGCCUGACCCAGGCUGUCCUCUUGUGAGUCAAUGCAGAGGUGCAAAGCUGGACCUCAGGCCCAGCUCGGUCCUGGUCCUCCUUUUGGGGUCCCAGGCAGCUCUCCCAACAGGCAUCGGGCGAACACCAACAAGUUCCAGGCCCCUCGCGUCUUUGUGCUGAGGAAACUGAGGCUCAGAGACGUUUAGUGGCUGCCUUCCAACCCCUGGCGAAUGGAUGGCGGUGCAGUGAAGCACUUGUCCCACCACGGGUGUGAUCGCCUCGGCUCAUCGGCAGCUGACCUUGUAGGUUCCCAGUGUCCUAAAAGUCUCCAGCUCCUGACCCUCGAAUCCACUGAGGGAGGGAGAGUCACAUCACUUCCCGAGCGCAGGUUCCCACCUGCAAAACUGAGGUCCCGGGACCCAAAGGAGGGCGGCGCUGGGGCUCUGUGGGGAAGUCCCCGCUGCUCCGUACAUGACAUCCAUGCCGCCCCGCCCGGACUCGAAGCGUCAGCCCGGUCUGCCGGGACUAGGCCGCGGCCCGGCCGGCCACUCCGUUUCCCAGCCGCCGAGCCCGCACCCUCGCGAACAAAGGCCAAGGCCGCAGGGGCC